UGACUGCACGCUGUCAUGUAUGUGUGAGUGUCCCUGCAGCUCUUGGCAGUGCUGUUGACACCGUAUGGGGAGAAAUGCCUUUCGUUUCUGCCAAAGGGAUUUAUUCGUGUAAUCAAAUAUUUUAGAGAUCUAUAAGGAGUAUUUGACUCGGACAUGGAUGGAUCUACGAAUAGUCUUGAUGAUGCGUCGGCAGAAAGCAGCACAGAGUUUCCUGACAAGCUGUCUUUAAUGGAGGUACGCCUCCAAGCACAGGAAGAUGAAAUAACGCUACUGAAGUCCUCAUUGGCCGAUGCCUUACGCAAGCUCCGCCUUCAUGACCAACAGAUACCCUUGCUUAAACAGCAGCUGAUUGCUGUGAACCCCGCUGCUGCUCGAGUGUUAAAUCAGCCCUAUUAUGUGGAUGGAUUCUUUAAACCUUGCAGAAUGUCUACAAGCUCUCUUGAUGGACUUCACCACCCACCCAACAGCCAUAUCUCAAACACAGCUGAAAAUGGGGAGGGUGGGGCUAACACCUUUCCUAGCCGCAAACCAAGCACUAGUGACAGGUGUACACAGACAGAUCCGUGGAUCCCGAAUCAUGAGACUGUGCCGCUGGACCUGACGCGGGGUGUCCAUAGUCUGUCCCUGGAGGAUGCUUUACCUGAAGGCGUCCCCUUCACGGAAGACACCUUGACCAAAUUCCGUGGAGAGGACGAAGGCAUUGAUGAAGAUGAGAGAUACAAGGACCACACCUGGAGCUCUGAAGUAGAAGACAGCAUCCAGCCCACCACUAUCAGGACACUCCAGCAGCAACAGAGCAAAGGCAGUGAGGACAGCCAGGGAUCAUGCCCUCAAACCCCAACGUCCUCCUCCCCGGCACCCAUGAAAGAGCCAACCUUCAGCCUGCAUGGAGGACCCCUCUCGUCCAUCCAGGAGGGAGAGAAAGCACUGGUCAGGAGGAACAGUGAGAAACUAAGUAGAGACCCCCAAGACAAGACCAAACAGCGGCUUUCUAAGAAAGCAGCCUCCUCUACAAACUUACUUUCUCGAUCUCCAAGUCUUGAAAGCCGGGCAAAGGACCUUAUUUCCAGUACAGGUUCUCAGGGGGCCAGGAGAGGAACUCAAAGUCAGUCAAUCAAGAUGUUUAUUCGCGGGCGACCAAUCACCAUGUACAUUCCCUCAAACAUUGUAAACUAUGAAGAGCUGAAAAUGGAUCUUCCCUCACAGAGACUGGAUUUGGACUGGGUCUAUGGUUACCGGGGGCGAGAUUGUCGCGCUAAUCUUUACCUCUUGCCAUCUGGGGAGGCUGUGUAUUUUAUUGCAUGUGUAGUGGUUUUGUACCACAUAGGCAACCAAACACAACGACAUUAUCGCAAACACACAGACUGCGUACGCUGUCUUGCCAUUCAUCCCGACAAGGUGCGCGUAGCAUCGGGACAGACAGCUGGGGUAGACAAAGAUGGCAAGCCCCUUCAGCCAUUUGUGCACAUCUGGGACUCCAAAACGCUAGUGACACUGCAGCAGAUUGGCCUUGGCACAUUCGAGCGAGGUGUUGGAGCUGUAGCAUUUUCCAAUUCAGAUGCAGGUACAUUUCUAUGUGUGAUUGAUGAUUCCAAUGAACACAUGUUUUCUGUGUGGGACUGGAAUAAGAACACAAAGCAUGCUGAGGUCAAGAGCACUAAUGAGGCAGUCUUGGCAGUGGAUUUCAGCCCUACAGACAUCAACAGCAUCAUCACUUGUGGCAAGUCCCAUGUGUACUUCUGGACCAUGAGUGCUGGGACUUUGACCAAGAAACAGGGCAUCUUUGGAAAAUACAAAAAGCCCAAGUUCAUCCUGUGCUUCGUGUUCAGUCUCACGGGCGAUGUGUUGACGGGAGACUCAGAGGGAAACAUUCUCACUUGGGGAAAAUCAGCUGCUGAUAUCAAAACACUGGGAAAAGGAGCAAAGGAAACAUUUCAGAUCAUGAAGCAGACGCGCGCUCACGAGGGCAGUGUUUUUACUAUGUGUAUCCUGCAGGGCGGCGCUAUACUGAGCGGUGGCGGUAAGGAUCGUAAAAUCAUCCGCUGGAGUGCAGAUCUGGCACCUGAAAGAGAGUGUGAGAUUCCAGAGAAAUUUGGGGCAGUUCGCACCAUUGCAGAUGUAGAUGGUGAGGAACUGCUUGUUGGUACAACACGAAACGCAAUCUUGAGAGGAACAUUUUCAGACGGAUUUGUGGCCAUUGUACAGGGACAUGUGGAUGAAAUGUGGGGUCUGGCCACUCACCCAUCUCAGAACAUCUUUCUCACCUGUGGAAACGAUCGUCAAGUAUAUGUGUGGAAUGCAGAGGACCACAAACUGGACUGGUGCACUACACUAGAGGAGUCUGGUCUAUGUGCUGAUUUCUGUCCCAAUGGUGCUGUUGUCUCUGUUGGACUAAGUACUGGAAGAUGGGUUGUACUGGAUCUACAAACCAAAGAAGUGGUAUCAGACAUGACUGAUGGCAAUGAGCAGUUAUCCGUAAUGAGAUACUCUCCAGAUGGCUGCUUUUUGGCAGUUGGUUCCCAUGACAACUUCAUCUACAUUUACAACGUCACAGAAGGAGGCCGGCGCUACAUGCGAUUUGGAAAGUGCACAGGACACUCCAGUUUCAUUACUCACCUUGACUGGUCCAAAGAUGGAAAAUACAUCAUGUCCAACUCUGGCGAUUAUGAAAUUCUCUACUGGGAUGUCGCAGGCGGCUGCAAGCUGUUGCGGAACCGGUUUGAGAGUAAAGAUCGAGAGUGGGCGUCCUAUACCUGUGUGCUUGGCUUCCAUGUCAUGGGUGUGUGGCUUGAAGGGUCAGAUGGUACAGACAUCAAUGCCUUGUGUCGCUCGCACAGUGAGAGCAUGGUGGCAGUUGCUGAUGACUUCUGUAAAGUUCAUCUGUUCCAGUAUCCCUGUCCUAAACCAAAGGCACCCAGUUAUAAGUAUGAGGGCCACGGCAGUCAUGUGACCAACGUACGCUUCACGCUUAAUGACAGUUAUCUCGUGUCAUUGGGCGGGAAAGACACCUGCAUCCUCCAAUGGCGAGUUAAAAGGACGGGGACUGGAGACAAUAAGGAACAUGUGCCCUCAUUCUCUCCUGUCUGCUCUUCUUCUGGCUCUCCAGAAAAUGGAACAUAGCCAGACCAGAUGUGAAUCAAGAACAGAAAGAGAGAAAACAAGAAAUGCCUGAAGAUAUUGUAGGAAAUGAAGCAAGGAUGAAAUAUUUUAUUGCACAAUGUGUUGUGACAAAGCAUUUGGAAGGUUCUGCCAGCUUUUGUGAAAUAUGUAACAGCGUUCUUUUACCAUUGAGAACUCAUAACUAAUGCAUAGUUAUUCACUACCUACAUUUCUGUAUAACCUGACAUGUUACAAUGUACCAUGAUGCUGUGUUGCGGCUUUAGAAAUAACAAAAAAAAAAUAUUUUUUUUUUGUGUUAGAUAUUUGGAUCUUACAUGUCGUUGUUUACCUCAAAAUCAGUUAUUAGAAAUUAUAUUUUUCAAUAUAGACCUAAGUGGUGAUUAUACAAGCGUAUGGGUGGAAAACAUGACCAAAAUAGCCAAAUUUGAAAGAAUAAAUCCUGUGGAUGUUAUAAAGUAGAAAUUUUGGGUCCAUUAUUAUUAUUUUUGAUAUUAUUGUUAUUGUGAGUGACAUUUUUAUGACAAUUAAGAACAUUUUCCUUCCAAAUUACUGUAAUGUGGAAAAGUAUUCUCAAUUCUGCAAUACAGUAAUGAAAAUCAUCCUAUCUAGAUGCAAUUUUUUUUUUUUUAUUGAAAUCAGCAAAUUCAGUACAACAAAUAAUACCAUGUAUACACAAUUUUACUUUACAAAUGUAAAAUUUUUUGCAUUCCAGUAGGCUGUUGAGAAUUGAUUUUGUGUGGGGGGUGCUUAAUUAUCAUGAAAAUAAUGUCACAUUGCCUAAAUUCUUAAUGGUCCUAAAAUAGGCUUUAUUUUCUUGAUGCAGAGUGUAGUUUCUUAUUUAUUUAUUUUAUGUUUUUUGGAAAAUAAGACCCAGAUAUUUCUUGAAAGAUUCACACCUUUAUUUUAGCGAAUUGCAAAUUGUCUCAAAAAUGUGAUUGUUGAUCUGUAUUUUCAAAAGUAUCAUGAGAAUGUUUUGGAAAAAAAAUACAUUUAUCAUGCCUUCCUUAAAUCAGAUGAGAAGCAUUUUUAUUUUAUUUUUUAACUGCAUAUUCUAUAACCGUCCUCAUGUUGUUGUUUUUGUUGUUGUUUUCAUCUGCUCUCUUUAUGGCCUCUAAAUAGGGUACAACGGGGCUAAAGGCACACCCUAAGGAAAAUGUGCUUUUUUUCUGGCCACAAAAUGUAUCAAGAUUCAGGAAAAUCCUAUUCUUUUUAUUGAAUGAUGGAGGAACAUAAUUUGUGUGAAAAGAAAUAACAGAAGGUUGUUUUGAAUAAAAAAAAAAGGUGGUGAAGGAGCCUUUUACCUCACACCUGGGGUAAAAGGCUCCCUCACUUGGGGUAAAAGGCCCCCAGGGGGUUUAUAUUGAUAUAGUGCAGAUAACAGGGCCAGUAGUUAUAGGGCACAAUUUGUCAGCUUAUGCAAAUACUUCUGAGACAGCAAGAUGCUUUUUAGCGUCACAAAUUAAGAUAAUGCUUACUAAAAGUAACUACUUCAGAAAAGGGUGCAUAAUGUCUUGUUCAUUUCAAUCACAUUUGGCAUUUUAUUACAUCUCAAGUAUUCUACAAACAAAUGAAUCUCCAUUGUGAUUGGAUCAGUCAAUGUGAGCACACUUUGAACAUUUUUCAUAUCAAAUCUAUUCGCCCCACUUAAGAAGAACAAUGCGUAUAAUGGGGGCCUUUAGCUGCUGCAACUGGGGGGGCUUUUUACCCUAAAUACCAUCCUUUCACACAUUGAACAGUUACUGACAAAUGUUUGAUAUAAUCACCUUAAACCAAAUUGAAAAUGACAAAUAAGUAUUUUGUCUCAAAAUAAAUGUGAUGAUUUCCAUGAUAUUCAUUAGCUACAAAAAUUUGCUACAUUUUUACAAAUAUUAAAUAUUAGAUUAAAUGACCUUAAAAUCAAACUUUAGACAUUUCAUGCAAUGAUGAUUCAUGGAUCAGGAAACUUCUGCAGUGCGUAGUGACAAACGGGUGUUUAGGAAGGUCUUGUGGUAGCAUUUGAUGCGAUUUAGUGUUUUGAGAGAAAAUCAAAGGAGCCUUUAGCCCGGUUGUACCCUACUACAUGCAUAAAUGUGUCAUUAAUUACAUUAUAAAGUCAUUUGUCUCUGUGAAGCUUGCCGUUACGGGCACUAGGAUAAUCAGUGCUUUAAUUUCUAUCAGGAAUGUGUCUACUGUUCCAGAACAUCCAAAAUGCUUUUUUUUCUUCUUCUUUAUUUUGUUAGAGUCAGCUUUUCACAGCUUGUUUGAACAAUGUGAAAAUGUAUGUUAUUGUUUAAUCAAUAAAUAUGUCUUGAAGUAACCAUA